AAGACCUUUUGUUGCCUUCCUAUUAUUUUUAUACACUACGUUAUUUUACUAACAAGUUUAAGAAAUUAUCAUCCUUCAAAAAAUUGGCCUUAUUAAAAUGGUCACACACUGGUAUUGUGGCAUUAUUUACCCAUAAGAAUAUAGAAUUGAAGUUUGCAUUUUUGGAUUUUGAAAUUUUAAAUAUUGUUCUACCUCGCUUCUGUUUAACCAGAUUUAUUUCUUUCCAAAUGCAUAAAUUAAAAAAUGCAUGCUGUUUUUUCAUAGUAAAUGAAGUACACUUAAUACUCUUGCAUAUGCUACAGUGUAGCUGUGUACAACAACCGUGUUUAAGGUGUGCUUUAGGAACUAACACUCAUAGUUGACUUUAGAUGGCAUUGUAAAGAUAAAGGCAGAUAAAAUAGGAAAAAUAUGUUAGAAGAAAAUGAAAAUGUGAUCUUAGAAUCUAGAUAGUUAUAGACCAAUUUAGGAAUUCAGUUGGAUCUCAUUAAAUGAAAAUGGCUAAAAAUUCAGUAACAUAAUGAAUUUUUAUAGGCGUUAAUUAGCUAAGUCUACCAUCAUAUUUUUUAAAUGAUUAAAAAAUAGCAUUCUCUACUAAAUUCAUUAGAUAUAUAUUCACCUUUAAUAGAAAAGAAAGUGUCUAAUAAUGUGAAGGUUCAAAGCUUUCCUCUUUUCUAAUUUUUUUUUCAUUUAAGAAGCAAUUACUGACUUCCCAGAAAAGAUUAAACAAGCUAAUCACUAAGGAGAUAGAAAGCGAAACAAAACAUAAAACCUGCUACUAAGGAAUCUAGAAAAGAAAUUAAGAAAUUAUCAUUUAUUUUAAUAGAUGUGAUAGUGGUAUGAUUGUGUUUUAAAAUCCUUAUCUGUUAGUAUUACAUUUGGGUUUUUUUUGAGACAGAAUCUCCCUCUGUUGCCCUGGCUGGAGUGCAGUGGCACAAUCUUGGCUCACUGCAACCUCUGCCUCUCAGGUUCAAGUGAUUCUCCUGCGUCAGACUCCUAAGUGGCUGAAAUUAUAGGCACCUGCCACUAUGCUUAGCUAAUUUUUGUAUUUUUUAGUAGAGGCAGGGUUUCAGGCUAGUCAUGAACUCCUGAGCUCAGGUGAUCUGCCCACCUCAGCCUCCCAAAGUGCUGGAAUUACAGGUAUGAGCCACUGCGCCCAGCCUGUUAGUUAUUACAUUUUGAAAGUAUUUAUAAGUGAAUUAAUAUGAUGACAAGAUUUGCUUUAAAGGACUCCAGUAGAACAAAAAGGUGGCAUAGUAGGAAUAGAAAAUGUGGAUAAUUGUUGAAGUUAUGUGAUAGAAAUAUGGAGGUUCAUUAUAUUAUUCUUUAGUCUUGUGUGAAAAUUUUCAAGACAAAAAGGGCUUUGUAUACUUUAUGGUUGGCGGGCCUCUCUGCCAUUGACCAGCCUCCUAAGGAAGAGACUAGGGUCAUCACUAGAACUUGGGUCACACAGGUGGAAGGACUGUCCAGUCAGAUGGAAUCUGACAUCUUUAGUUUACAUAAGAAUAUGUCAACCUUACCAUCUGUUUUCUUGUUCUCUAAAGCAUCCUGGCAUUUUACAGUAGUCCUUCUAGUACUCUGACCCUAUUCCUCACCUUCCUGGUUCUGAUGUUCCUAAUUUUCAUUCUAAAGCAAGUAUGGGAAACAAUAUUUGCACUAGGGAACCUUGCUGAAGGAUAUCACAUCAAUCUAUUUCCUGACCAGCUCUUAGAAAGAGCUUGUUGGCCGGGCCCAGUGGCUCCCGCCUGUAAUCCCAGCACUUUGGGAGGCCGAGGCGGAUGGAUCACAAGGUCAAGAGAUCGAGACCAUCCUGGUCAACAUGGUGAAACCCCGUCUCUACCAAAAAUACAGAAAAUUAGCUGGGCAUGGUGGUGCGUGCCUGUAAUCCCAGCUACUCAGGAGGCUGAGGCAGGAGAAUUGCCUGAUCCCAGGAGGUGGAGGUUGCAGUGAGCGGAGAUCGUGCCAUUGCACUCCAGCCUGGAGUAACAAGAGGUAAACUUCGUCUCAAGAAAAAAAAAAAAAAAAGAAAGAAAGAAAGAAAGAAAGCUUGUUUAGGGCAUUCUGGCGCGGAGCGGAGGUGCAGCUCGGCUUCCCCCGACACCCCUCCCCCUCGGGCGCCAGCCCCACCCCUCUGCUGGCCUGGCCGACCCCGCCGUACUAUUCCUUGCGGCGCGAGCCCGGGGCAGCUCCGGGCGCCCCCCAGCAGACCCCCAUCAUGGGUAGCCAGAGCUCCAAGGCUCCCCGGGGCGACGUGACCACCGAGGAGGCCGCAGGCGCUUCCCCGGCGAAGGCCAACGGCCAGGAGAAUGGCCACGUGAAAAGCAAUGGAGACUUAUCCGCCAAGGGUGAAGGGGAGUCGCCCCCUGUGAACGGAACAGAUGAGGCAGCAGGAGCCACUGGCGAUGCCAUCGAGCCAGCGCCCCCUAGCCAGGGUGCUGAGGCCAAGGGGGAGGUCCCUCCCAAGGCGACCCCCAAGAAGAAGAAGAAAUUCUCUUUCAAGAAGCCUUUCAAAUUGAGCGGCCUGUCCUUCAAGAGAAAUAGGAAGGAGGGUGGGGGUGAUUCUUCUGCCUCCUCACCCACAGAGGAAGAGCAGGAGCAGAGGGAGAUCGGUGCCUGCAGCGACGUGGGUGAGGGCACUGCCCAGGAAGGGAAGGCUGCUGCCACCCCUGAGAGCCAGGAGCCCCAAGGCCAAGGGGGCAGAGGCUAGUGCGGCCUCAGAAGAAGAGGCAGAGCCCCAGGCUACAGAGCCAUCCAGUCCCUCAGGGCGGGAGAGUGGCCCUACACCAGCUGAGCAGAAUGAGUAGCUAGGUGGGGGCAGAUGGGUGAUCUCUAAGCUGCAAAAACUGUGCUGUCCUUGUGAGGUCACUGCCUGACCUGGUGCCCUGGCUGCCUUCCUGUGCCCAGAAAGAAAGGGGCUAUUGCCACCUCCCAGCCACAUUCCCUUUCCUCCUCUCCCUCCUGUGGAUUCUCCCAUCAGUCAUCUGGUUCUCCUCUUUAGGCCAGUUGAAGAUGGUCCCUUACAGCUUCCCAAGUUAGGUUAGUGAUGUGAAAUGCUCCUGUCCCUGGCCCUACCUCCUUCCCUGUCCCCACCCCUACAUAAGGCAAUUGUUGGUUUUCUUCCUCAAUUCUUUUCCAAGUAGGUUUUGUUUACCCUACUCCCCAAAUCCCUGAGCCAGAAGUGGGGUGCUUAUACUCCCAAACCUUGAGUGUCCAGCCUUCCCCUGUUGUUUUUAGUCUCUUGUGCUGUGCCUAGUGGCACCUGGGCUGGGGAGGACACUGCCCCGUCUAGGUUUUUAUAAAUGUCUUACUCAAGUUCAAACCUCCAGCUUGUGAAUCAACUGUGUCUCUUUUUUGACUUGGUAAGCAAGUAUUAGGCUUUGGGGUAGGGGGAGGUCUGCAAUGUGAAACAACUUCUUGUUGUCUGUUUUUCUCCCAUUGUUGUAAAUAACUUUCAAUGGCCAAACCCCAGAUUUGUACUUUUUUUUUUUCUAACUGCUAAAACCAUUCUCUUCCACCUGGUUUUACUGUAACAUUUGGAAAAGGAAUAAAUGUCGUCCCUUUA